CGAGUUACUUAGGUACAUCGCAGCUGAUCGCAGCGCUUUGUUGAAGAUCAAGUGGUCUUUCUGUACUUUUUGCCUUUCACAAUAGCAUUGGAGAAACACGAUGAUGGCUCCUUUGACAGUGUGGAUCCCACGUUGAAUGUGGUCUUUGAAAGACUUCUGUCGAUGCAACACAAGUUGAGGAAGCUGGUCCUGGAAGAUCCUGCAACAUUCUCGCAGCACACGAGCUGCAGUGGCUAAACAUGUAACGUGCCCCGAAAGACAACCCUGCUGAAAACUACUUUCCAAGCAAAGCAACCUGGUACCGGAAGCAAGCCGUUGGAGCGAGCAGCCUUCUGUGUGGAAGUAGGGAUGGAGCGUAGGAUGGGGUCUAGAGACGGCGGGCAAAGAUUCGGAGGGGGGAAUUCAUACGACGCUGCUUUCCCCUCCUUAGGGGCCACAUUGGCCCCAAAACGACGAGCGGACAAACAGAGAAAGAAGAUCACCCCCACCCCCGUGGCGGCCGCCCAGGUUGACAGCACGUUCCUCCUGGCCCAGCCUGCUGAGGACUCCGGUCCCUCCUUCGGACGUACCGCAAAGUCAACGGAGGUCGACCUGCGCCUGCUGCUCAAAGAGAAGAGAGGCCGGUCCAAGGGGGGCCAGAACAAGGAGCAUCCCCUCAGCGAGGCGCCUCUUAUUGAGAAUCAGAACAGAGGGUUUAGCGGGGCAGUUUCUGGGGAUGGCCAGCCAGGAAAGCUAGCUGGGGCGUUGGAAGGCCGGCUAGGGGGUGGCCAAAGCGCCUGGGGGACUGAGGAGCCAACCCCCAGUGCAUUGCCAGGGCCGUCUGCCGAGUUUCAUACCCCUCCCAGGAGCCGCCGUUUGGCGCCUUCCAGAUGCGAUGGCCCCCACCUGUCCCACCCAGCGGAAAGCCCCCAGCUGCUGACCCCCACUUCUGGGGCCCAGUUUAAGAUGGCUGAGCGCAGGCCGCCUUCUCCUCCCAAGCCGUCUGGGGAAGUAUCCUCCUCGUUCAGGUUGCCAGAGAAGCCUCCAAAGCUGCCCCCAGAGCAGCAGAGGGCGGCGGAGGCGCACGGGGAGCUUCUGAAGAGGGGGGGUGUCCCGUUUCUGUUGCAGGAGCUGCAGCUGAUCGUUGAGCUGCUGACCGCAAACCAAACUAGCUGUGCGGGGGAACAUGCGGUGACUGAGGGGAAACUUGGUCACGCACUAGGGGGGUUGAAGGGGACAGCAGGUGCGCCUCAAACUCUAGCGAGCAAGGGUUUAAACAGGGGAGAAGCUGAGGGAGAGGGGACGGGGUUUAUAAGCUUGUCAGGGGAAGUGCACUCUGAGCAAGAUUUUGUGUCGCAAAGCUUAGUAAAAGGGGCAUCGGAGGGACCAGUAAAUCGAUUGGAAGAAGGAGCUGAAUCAGCGGGGCAAAAGGAAGCGGGCGGACUCGGAUCCGGAAGACAGACGGCAGGAAUCACGGCAGUUUCAGAGCCACUAAAGGCCUUGGAGCGAACCCCAGGGUCGUCUUCCUCACCAGAAGGGAAGGAAAGGCCUUAUUGUGAAGGGGAGUCCGCAACAUCACCAGAGGCGUCUUUGCCCCGGGGAGUGCUCUCGUUCUGUUGUGGGGACAUGGCGGCCACGUAUGCCUGCGAGGUGCUGGAGACGUCACUGCCGCUCAUCUUGCACUGUGGGGAGCCGCUUCUCACUGCGCUUCUCCACGAGCCGGCGAUCCCCCGGCACUCCCCGACGCUGACCGCACACCUCCGAGAAGCUCUGAUUGCUCAUCAGAGCGCGUCGCUGAGAGGCUUAGGAACGCCUCAGAAGCGUGGGGGAUCGGCAGGCGGCGCCCCUCUUUCGGCGCUGCCCUUUAACGAAGAGCAAGAUUCCCGCAACAUUCCGGCCUUCAAGACGCAGGAAGGUCAGCGCCUGUUCAGCAACCGCGAGGAGUGCCGCGACAUCUUCUACUGCAUCAUCCGUGACGCAGCUUCGACCUCCGCCGACUUCGCCUCCGAGCCCGUUCCGCCAAGCCUCAAGUCCGCUCCACACAAGCACCCAUUCCGGCGGCCAGCCGCCUCUGCCGCCGGAACCCUUAAUGGCUACUCCGGCCGGGCCGCUCCCCCGCGCCCGGAGAAACCGCUAGGCUUCCCCUCAAGGGUCCGCCAGCUGCUCGCGCACCUGCACGAGAGCAACUACCCCUGGCUCGCGAAGCUGUUCGUACAGCAGAUCAUUCAGGUCGCCUCGACCGGCGAGACCGAUCCCGAGGUCCGGAGCCUUGCACGCGAAGACACGGCGAAGCUGCAGCGCUUGCACAGCCGUCUGAUGGGCGCGGGGGCCGCGCCCGUGCGGCUCGCGGCGGGCGGGACGCCGACCCGGGAGAGCCCCGGGCGGAGGUUUAGAGGUUUUGACGGCACGAGCCCGGUGUUUGUCGGGGGGGUCCGGCAGGGGAGCCCCGGGUUGGAAAGUACCCCCCCGGGGGAGACAGGGGUGAAGAGGGAGCUGGGAAGGGGGCCGCGGGAAAAUUUGCGAGAGGAGCUGCGGGAAGGAAGAGAAAACGGGUCACGUGACGGAGGCCAAACGGUCCGGAGGACGUUGGAGGGCAUGUUUGGGGAGAGCGAGAGUGACCGGAAUAGAGAAGGCGGCCCGGUGGGCGUUCCAGAGAAAAAGGGGGGGUCUGACGGACAAUCCGCAGGAGAGGAGGCAACCGAGCACGUGAAGGAAAAGGAGAUCAACAUUGAAAAGGCCGCUUCAACCGUCCUGUCACGACAGUUUGCGUCCACCAUUAACUCCAUUUUGGCGCCAAGCACGAGUCCUGGGCGGGUUGAAAAUACUGAGGGUGAGAUUAGAAAAGGGCUCUCGGUUGCAGUGGCGAGAAACGGCGACCCGCUUGCGGAGGAUGGCCCGUUCGGCGGCCUCUUCUCGCGGACGCUUGUGCCGUACGUCCGGUUUGUGCAGGCUGCGGACAGCCACCGGCUGCACCUGCUGCUGCUGCGCUGCAUCGCGGACAGCAUCCACUCCCUCUCGCAAGUCGGCGCCGCCUCCGUCUUCUCCGCGUCUUCCUUCUCGGAGCGUCUGGUCACCCUCCAAACCCUCGCGCGCUUCCUCGGGUUCCUCCUCUUCGCCCCCAUUUCUACCGGCCACUCGCCCCUCCCAACCGACCCCAAGUCGCCCGUUUACACCUGGUCGGGGGAACUCCCCAUCAGCCCGGUCGACGCGCUCCAGGCCGCGAUGUUAAACGGCUCCCUCCUGCUGAACCUGCCCUGGGUUUUGGAGGUUUUGGGCAUGAUGCGCGCGUGCGCACCCGCAAAAGGUUCGCCGACGUUCGGGCGAGCGUUGGCGGAGGUUGAGAGGCUGCAGGGCUUGCCUGCGCUGCUGCCCAGCAGAGCUGGCUUUGGGCUCCCGAGCAUGUGCAUUACCGCCGCCCUGGAAGCCUUCUUCCGCGAGGACAGUUCUUCCCCUCCAGAACCCCCGCAAACCUUAACUCCCUCCGAAACCCUCCAAUCCCCGCUUGCCACGUGGCCCCCCCGCGACACCCCGGACUUCAUGCCGGGACUCAUCGACGCCCGGUACAUUCAAAACUGCUGUCCGCUUUUGGACGAUCUCGCCGCAACUCUACUUGAAGCUCGACAGCGGACGAGCCAGAUCGACGGCCCAGAUGCGGCGAAGCCCGGCGAUCGACGGUCGCGACCGAUCCGGAAGAUCACGCCGACCCCCCCGCCGCAAGCGGCGCAACCGGGGGGGCUGCCGGCGGAUGUAUUGGCGGCGCUGCCUGCAGAGGACGCGGAGUUGGUUCGGCCGCCGCAGAGGGAUCCCCUCAGGACGAAACUAGAGGGCGUCUUCUUCGAGCAGCAGCCGCAGUUGCGUCGCCUGGUCGACUUCGUGGUCGACACCGUCGCCGCAAACUCCGCCCUGGCCGCACAGCUCGCCACGUGUCCUGACGUCAUCUCCGCGGCACGCGCCCAGCUUGCCGAGAGGGCGGAGCGAGCCGCCAGCGACGGAGCUGGCGUUGGCCGGGUUGAGAUGUUUAUAGAGCAGACGAUACUGAGUGCUUGCCGACAAGGCCUGCCGCCUGCAAUAGCGUAUGCUCGCAAGCACUCCCGGGAGAGGGUUUGCGAGGCCCUGGGAGCAUUGGCACGCCCCAACAUCGCGCCCCCCGUGUUGGGCACCGCAGCAGCGGUUGCGGCCCAGGCAUCAGCCGUCGGGGCGGCGAAACUAAUCCUUGUAAAUGUGCCGAAAGAGAUCAGGCAGCGUCUGACGGAAGGCGCCGAGAAGUUGAAAAAGAAGAUGGUGGCAGCUUUCAGAAUAGAGCAGGCAAGGAAGCUCGUUAGUAAGUAGGAAUAUUGCAUAAGUGCUGCCCUCGAGCGCGGGCAACAUUUUGGGAAAUAAUGGAGAAAAAAUGCGCG